AUGGCAUCCCACAACGCUCUCGACAGCCCCGACUCCUAUGCGGUCGCCUGGAUCGCUGCUCUUCCCAUCGAGCGGGCCGCUGCAGAAGCGAUGCUCGAUGAGGAACAUGCAGCUCCAACUGGUUUCACUAGACACCAAACUGACCCGAACGUUUAUACUUGGGGUCGCGUAGGAGAGCAUAAUAUCGUCAUUGCCUCUCUUGCCGCUGGAGUCUAUGGAACCACCUCAGCUGCGACCACGGCCUCGAGCCUGCUUGCCUCUCUGCCAUCCAUCCGUGUUGGUCUUUUGGUCGGCAUAGGCGGCGGCAUCGCUCGACCGGACGAGGACCGCGAUAUCCGGCUCGGCGACAUCGUCGUGAGCGAGCCCGACGGGAUCAUGGGCGGCGUCUGCCAGUACGACUUGAUCAAGGCAAAGUCGGGUGACAAGCGUCAGCGCAAAGGCUUCCUCGGGCGGCCUCCGACGGUCCUCCUCAAUGCGCUUGCCAGCAUCCAGGCCGGUCACGAGCGGAAAGACGCCAAGGUUCCCUUCUAUCUUCAAGAGAUGCUGGAGAAGAACCCAAAGAUGGGCAAGAGAUCCAAGCAAAAUCCUGGCUAUGCUCACCAGGGCUCCGACAACGACCAUUUGUUCAAAGCUUCAUGCCACCACGUCCCCGGGCCGGACUGUCGGGGCUGUGACACGGCUGGCGAGGUUCGACGCGAUCCUCGAGACACUACCGACCCCGAGAUCCACUACGGGACCAUCGCAUCCGGCAACACGCUUGUCAAAGACGCCGCUACGCGCGAUCGGAUUGUUGCUGACGUCGGCGAGGAUUGCAUCUGCUUUGAAAUGGAAGCGGCCGGCCUGAUGAACCACUUUCCCUGUCUCGUGAUCCGAGGGAUCUGCGACUACGCCGAUUCCCACAAAAACGAUCGAUGGCAACGCUACGCCUCGGCCACAGCCGCUGCGUAUGCCAAGGAGCUCCUGACGUACGUGCCGGCCGCGGAGGUCCAGGAGACCAAGAGGGCACUGGAAGUGCUUCAGUUGGUUCAACAACAGAUCGAUGGCGUGCAGCAGACGACAGUUGCAACGAAAGCCGCCACUGAUUCCAUUAGGUCUGACCUUCGUACCGACAAGGUCAAGCGCUGGCUUUGUCCCCCAGAUCCGUCUACAAACGCCAACCAAGCGAGGAAGCUCCGCCAUGAGGGGACGGGCGCGUGGCUCUUGAAAAGCCCGGUCUUCCAGGAGUGGCAUUCGGGGUCGCGUCGACAUUUAUGGCUGAAUGGGCUCGCGGGAUGUGGAAAGACAGUUCUUAGUGCGACUGUGCUGGAUCAUCUCACGAAGGGAGGCGACCGUCUUAUCCUCGGCUUCUUCUUUGACUUUAGCGACACGACAAAGCAGACCUUGGAUGGCAUGCUGCGGUCGCUUGCUUUCCAUCUUUACCAAGGCGGGACCGGUUCUGCAGGUCUUCUUGACGCCUCAUUUCAAGCACACCAGGAUGGCCGCGACCAACCUGCUACAAAGGCGCUCGAGGACAUAGUGUGCAGGAUGCUUGCAGCCCAGAAGAAGAGCUCUAUUGUUCUGGACGCCUUGGACGAGUCGACGACAAGAGAUGAACUUCUCCUGUGGAUGAAGGACGUCGUGUCCAGGCCAGACUUGGGCGAUGUCCAGCUGAUUUGUAUCAGUCGGCCUGAACCCGAGUUCAUGCGCGACAUUCCCUCAUUGAUAGGCGAGGAAAACUGCUUAGCGCUCGACAAGAAGUCCGUCAACGCCGAUAUCCGGUCGUACGUCGCAGCACAGCUUUCACAACGACCUGAUUUUCGGGACAAGCGCUUGUCCGAGGAUCUCCUCGAGGGGAUCCAGAGGAAGGUUGGCGACGGGGCCGACGGGAUGUUCAGGUGGGCGUUCUGUCAAUUGGGCAGCCUGGCUCGAUGUCCUCACAAGGCGGCUAUUAAGGAAGCUCUCGCAUCUUUGCCGCGGAACCUGGAAGAGACAUACCGACGCAUGAUUCAACGCAUACCGACGGAGCUCAAAACCGAUGCGAUGCGGCUCCUGCAGUUUCUAGUGCACUCGAAGCGACCUCUUACGCUGGCCGAGGCUAAGGAAGUAAUAGCAACACGGAUUGAACACGAGCCACGAGGCUUUGACGCGAAGCGUCGACUGUUUUGCGAGACCGACGUUUUAAGCUACUGUCCCAGCUUAGUGACAGUCGUUCACGCCACUGAUAAAGAGCUACAUCUUGCCCACUUUUCCGUCAAAGAAUACCUACUCGGAGAGGACCAGUUCAACAGUACGACUGCCAGCAUUUCCAUCACGACGACGUGCUUGACUUACCUUACGGACAUUAAAGGUAGCCACGACGAAAUCAAACGGGAUUUUCCGAUGGCAAGAUAUGCGGCAGAAGUCUGGACAGGCCAUGCUGCGUUGGCUCAGGCUUCGGAAGAAAUACUUCAAGCGACAGUCAGGUUCCUAGAGACGGAAGCAACGUUCCAACGAUGGGCUCAAUUAUAUCAGGCUGAUAGGGAUUGGGAUCAUGACCCAGGUCCUGCACGAGGUUCCAGGCUCUACUACGCUUGCUUCGAUGGGCUCGUAGCGCCUGUAAGAGAUCUUAUCGGUAAGGGGGCGGACAUUAACGCGAAGGGCGGCAAAUACGGCAACGCUCUCCAGGCCGCCUUGGAGACAGGCCAUCUCGAGAUUGCCAAGCUGCUCUUGGAUAGGGGAGCGGACGUCAGCGCGGAGGGCGGCUACUACGGCAACGCUCUCCAGGCCGCCUCGUUUAGAGGCCAUCUCGAGAUUGUCAAGCUGCUCCUGGACAAGGGAGCGGACGUCAACGCGCAGGGCGACUACUACGGCAACGCUCUCCAGGCCGCCUCGUUGGGAGGCGAUCUUGAGAUUGCCAAGCUGCUCUUGGACAAUGGAGCGGACGUCAACGCGCAGGGCGGCCAGUUCAGCAACGCUCUCCAGGCCGCCUCGGAGACAGGCCAUCUCGAGAUUGCCAAGCUGCUCCUGGACAAGGGAGCGGACGUCAAUGCGCAGGGCGGCCACUACGGCAACGCUCUCCAGGCCGCCUCGCAGAAAGGCCAUCUCGAGAUUGUCAAGCUGCUCCUGGACGAGGGAGCGGACGUCAACGCGCAGGGCGGCCACUACGGCAACGCUCUCCAGGCCGCCUCGCAGAAAGGCCAUCGCGAGAUUAUUAAACUACUCUUGGACAAGGGAGCGGACGUCAAUGCGCAGGGCGGCCACUACGGCAACGCUCUCCAGGCCACCUCGUUGGAAGGCCAUCUCGAGAUUGUCAAGCUGCUCCUGGACAAGGGAGCGGACGUUAAUGCGCAGGGCGGUGCAUACGGCAACGCUCUCCAGGCCGCCUCAUUAUGCGGCCAUCUCGAGAUUUUUAAGCUGCUCUUGGACAAGGGAGCGGACGUCAACGCGCAGGGCGGCUAUUACGGCAACGCUCUCCAGGCCGCCUCAUUAUGCGGCCAUCUCAAGAUUUUCAAGCUGCUCUUGGACAAGGGAGCGGACGUCAACGCGCAGGGCGGCCAGUUCAGCAACGCUCUCCAGGCCGCCUUGGAGGAGGGCCAUCUCGAGAUUGUCAAACUGCUCCAAGGAAGGGGCGCUGUUACAUCGUAUUCCAAGCUGUCCGUCUCUAGAACUCCAAGCAACCUUGCGAAAAAAACUUCGUCUCAUGGACCAUGA